UGAGCGUCGCCUGCGCGUGCGCACUCACCAGCUCUGAUCGUCAACCCGCCUUCUAGCUGUAGAGUAGACCACUGCGAGCCAGUGCAGCACGCUAAUAGAUGGCUCUUUGGCUCGUUCCUUUUGUCGGCCUCGCGCUGUGGUCGUUCUGUCGUUUCUGCUGCAGAGCCUUCUUCCUCCGGCUCCGUCUCCCCCCUUCUCCUCCGCUGGUCGAGGUGCUCAAGUUUCUCGCUGGGUACGAUAAACGGGAAGCGCAUCUUACUUACACCUCUUGGGGUCAGCGAUGUGGCCAAUUGUUUUCUUUCGCCCUACCUGAUCGGAGAGUGGUUGUUGUGAAUUCUGAGGACGCUGCACGCGCUCUUUUGGAUCCGCACUCAAGGAAGACCUCCGAGAGGUCUAGUCUUGCUCAGGGGUCUACCUCUGUGCAAGUUGAUGAUGCACGGGACAUCCAACGCAAGCUCAUCAAUGAUGAAUUCAACGACAGUGCCGUGACGACCUACCGGCCCAUGAUCCUCCGCAAGGUCAAGCAGCUCGUUCUGAACCUGCUUGAUUCUCCGGAGCACUAUCACGAGCACGGUCACACGAUGGCAUCCUCUGUGCUCAUGUCGGCACUGUAUGGCUACGACAUUGCAGGUCCCGAUGAUCCCUUGGUGCGAAUCAUGGAGCAGAGCGCCGCCCAAGCUCAGGCUAUGCCUGGCAAGACGGCAGGAUCUUCACUUAUGCUUUCGUCUCUUCCUUUCCUUCAGCGACUCAAGCAUUGGUUCGUUCAAAUUUUGUCCGAUGACGAGGAGCCCGUUAAAUCCUUCGAUGCCAUGGAUGCCCCUCUGCGUUUCGUGAAGCAGCGCAUGGAAAAGGGAUUUUACCCCCGGUCCUUGGUCUCAGAAUCUUUGACGAAGGUCGAUAAGAAUGGCUAUGGUGACCAGAUCAUCAAAGAAGCCGCCGCAUCGGCGUUUGCAACGGCUACUGGUACAAUUACAGCUGCAUACCGCACAUUCCUGCUGGCCAUGACCCUAUCCCCGGAGUCUCAAAAACGUGCUAUGAGCGAGAUCGACGCGUUCAUGAACAGCACGGAUAAACUGCCCACGAUCGAAGAACGGGAAUCGCUACCAUACGUCAGCGCUAUCUUGCGGGAAACGCUGCGGUGGCAUCCUACGCGUCCUCUCGGAACGCCUCAGGUCGCCACCGAGGACAACGUGUACGGCGAUAUCCUCGUGCCAAAAGGAUCGACCAUAAUUCCUAACCACUGGGCAAUGUCCCGCGACACCGAAGUCUACCCCAACCCAGAGCACUUCCAGCCCGAGCGCUUCCUCAACUCCGUCGGCGAGCUCUCCGAUGCGAAUGAGGACGACUCGCCGCUCGCGUUCGGCUGGGGCGAGCGGUCCUGCCCGGGGCGGCACCUCGCCGGCGAGGUGCUGUGGACCGCGAUCGCAAUGACGCUCGCCAACUUUGCCGUGGGUCAGCGGUCGGUUGUCGGCUUUGAGCCGCACUGGACCAAGGGACCGAUUUCAUCUCCUCUCCCAUUCCCUUGUGCAAUCAUUCCCCGAGCAGAUCCGGACGAUAUCCGGCAGGAGAUGUACAGCGAAGAUUAAUGAUACGAUUGACACGGGACGUCAAGCUUUGAAGCUUGAAGAGCAGUGUUUUUUUUCUCGAUUGAUUUGGGACCCUUGUACUUUUUUUCUUUCUUAACCUGUUGCAGGGCAACUUUGAGCAUGACGGACGUGCAUACAUAGUUUUACGAGCAGGACUUAUACAUUUACCUUCAUCAGACGUUGACGUCGCUGGAAAUAAUCAUCUUUGCAGUUCAAUCUCGUUUUCCUCUUGGUGCAUCACACGUUCGAUAUUUCAGCGACCGAAGUACUGAUGUAUACAUAAAUACCAAUCUUUGCGAACGGAAGCAAAGUGACAUCGAC